AUGGCGGCUCAGACCCACGGCCAGGGCUUCGACCAGAGUCAUCGAGCCUACCAGAUGCCCAGCCCUGUCAGUGCCGGGCACCCUGCUCCCAAUGUCCAGAACGCCAUCGUGGCUGCCCAGGCUCCUCAGCACCAGCACCAUUCUCAGGCUUUCGGCCAGGUUCUUCAUGCCCAGCAGCAGGUGUACACCGCUAUCGGUGCCGCAAUGUCGGCUAACAACAACAACAACAACAACAACAACAACAACGCCAACAUGGCUGGUCAGCCUCACCAGCAGCAGAUUCCCAACGCUGUCGGUGCCGGAAAUCCUGCCCCUAACAUCCUCAAUGCCAUCAUGGGUGCUCAGGCUCCCCAGCCUAGCCUCCCUGGAGCCGCCGACCCGAGACCGUGCUCAAAGUGCCGUAAAAACGGCAAUAUUGCCUGGAAUACCCGCUGGCAGGACCCAGACGCACAGCCGCUCGUCUGCAAGACGUUCGCCACUUGCAACCACUGCAAGUGGUCCCCUCGCUUGCAGGACGAGCCGGCUGUCAACUGGGUCCUGCGCAAUGCCCCUUGGCUCAUCAAUGACAUCGGAGCCUACUGCCCUUGUUACGUGGGUGAUGCGGGUAGUCACUGGCCUCACCCGAUGUGUGUUACUCGCACCCGCGCGGGUCCUCGCGCUCCGCCCGCCAUCCUGACCGCUGCUCCGGCCGGUGUUGCUGCCGCCGCGCCUCCUGCUGCUCUCCUUGGGGCUCCGCCUGCGGGCUUCGUGCCCAACCCUGUGGCUCCUGUCGCCCCGAUGUUCCCUGCCGCCGGCGCCGCUCACUAUGACCGCGACGAUGGAGAUCCCGAGCUUUUCGUUAUGCAGGACGAGUAUUAG